AUAUCAGCCUCGCGCGUGAAGACGACGCGCCAUCUUCCCUCCUCAGGACCAAACAGUGAAGCUCGUUGAACAUCGAUCCUUCGGCCGACAUGGCAGUGUAAAAGUGUGCAGCGACCUAGCAGCCAACCUAACAGUGCAUCCUCUUAGUGCACUGAGUCUCUCUUCAUUCAGCAAACAUGUCGUCCCACGUGGAAACCCUCACCACUGCUGCUUUCGACAGCAUAAAAGAGUUCGAGACCUGCCUACUGUCUCACGCUCCGUUCGUGACCAACAACAGCCACUAUGACCAUGAUGAUGACAAACUCACAGUUUGGCCUGGAAGACAUGGAGGCCCUUCUCUGGGGACCUUCCUCUCCCAUGGCUGACCCCAUGCACCUCCUCUCGUUCCACCCUGACCAAGAAGAAGAACAGAAAGGAGGAGGAACGUCACUGGUGGGGGACACUUCACCCGUUUCACCCCUCGCCUCCUCGACGCUGUCCUCUUCCUCUUCUCCUCCUCCCUUCUACUCCCCUCCUCCCUCGCCGCCGGCCGUCCUCCUCCCCGGGGACAAAGCUGGGACCGAGUCUGACCUGCUCUCCCUCCCCUGGUUGGGUGAACCCGGUCAGCUGAGGCGCUCAGUCUCAGACGGCAAAGAGGACAUGUUCAGCGACCUGGACUGGAUGGCCGAGAGGGUGGAUCUGAGCGAGUUCGACCUGGACUCUCUGAUGGGCUCCUGCAGCCCUCACGAAGAGUCCCCCAGCUCCCCAGACGACCUCCUGGCCUCACUCGAUUGCCCCAUGGAGCUUGAAUCCCUCCCAGUGUCCACUGAGCUUCUCCCAGCCGCUCUUCCUCCCAGUCUGCCUUCCUCUCCUCUUCCUCCCGUCUGUGCAGAGCCUGAAACCAUCACCGUGGACGAGGCUGAAUGCUGCAUUGAUGACCAGGAUGUCCCGUCCUCUCCCUUGAUCGUCCCCGAGCCUCAAGAGGAGCUGGAAAUCAAAUCUGAGCCCGUGUCCCCAGACCCGUCCUCCCCAGACCCGUCCUCCCCAGACCCGUCCUCCCCAGACCCGUCCUCCCCAGACCCGUCCUCCCCAGACCCGUCCUCCCCUGUCUACACCCUGGACCUGGGCAGUGAAGUGGACGUCUCAGAGAGCGAGGUAAAGCCCGUGGUCACUCCUGUCCUCCCUCAGGUCCAGAGGUUAGUCCUCUCCCUGUCCCCGACUCCCCGUAUCGUCCUCGUGCUGGCUCCCAAAAAGGAAGUCUCCAUCACAACAGUGGCCACCAUGUCCUCCCAAACCCCCUGCAGAAGCAGACCGUACCCUCAGCCGGCGUACACGGCAUGUCCUCCCUCGACCAGCGCCGCAGGCGUCAAAAUCAAAGGUGCCAGCGGCGAAGAGAAGCCGACUUUCAAGGCGCCAAAGGUCAAGAAGCUGAAGAAGAUGGAGCAGAACAAAACGGCGGCGACUCGUUACCGGCAGAAGAAGAGAGCGGAGCAGGACGCGCUCCUCGACGAGCACACGCUGCUGGAGAGGAAGAACAUGGAGCUGACGGAGAAGGCCGAGUCCAUGGCGAGGGAGAUCGAGUACCUGAAGGAGCUGAUGGAGGAGGUCCGCUCGGCCAGGACCGUAAAAGGUCUCAGCGCUGACCCCUAGUGGUUCAACUGAACCAGGACUGGAUGUGUUUUAGAAAGAGACUAAAGAGAGUCCUGUAUAUGAAUCAGUGAUUUAAUGUGUGACGUGUCCACACAGCAUGUCUUCACCUGAUGUAUCCUCUAAUAUCCACCCCGGUAUUAAACACAGUACUCUGUUAUAUUUAGAGUAGCUCUUUGGAAGUAUUUCCUCUCAGUAUAUAGAAGCUGGUCUGCAGCUUAUUGAAAUGUGUACCUUUUCUCUGGACCUCAGAGACCCGCCAGUACGCUGUCUUUUAACAUUUUCUACUAUAACCGGACCAUCUGUGUUACGAAUCUCUUAAUAAAGAGUCUUAAUCACA